GGGACGGUGGCCCCGGCGGGCGCGGGGACCGACCGGGCGCCGCGCUCAACUUCCACUUCUCCUUUCGCCGGCGCCGAGGUAUCGGCGCCACUCGCCCGGCCCGGCUUCCGAGGGGAGAAAGCGGGCUGGCCGGGCUGGGGACCCGCGUCUCGGCCCUCAGAGCGGGGAGGGGACCGCGGCGAUCGACCCCGGCCCCGCUACCGAGCCCCUUCGGCGGCAGGCACCUGUGAGUCUCCGUGACAUUCUUCUACAAAAGGAGCUUGAAUUUAUUCACUCUGAAGGGGAGUGAAGCCUUUGGUCCAGGAGUCAGCAAACUUUUCCUGCAAAGGACCACAUAGUCGCUUCUGCGCUUGGCCCAGCUCAGCAUGCAGCCUUGAACCUGGCUUAGGCCACCACCUACUCCAGCUCUCUACAACCCCUAUUUUACCGUGGCUCGUGGUGUGGGCUCUAGGCUCCAAGGUACAGCAUCUCUUCAUUUAGGAAACCCCACGCCUCCAGAGGGCCCUGCGGAUCCUGCAGUCAGCUCUCUGAGAAGACAGCAUGGCUAUUACUCUGCAGCCCAGUGACCUGAUCUUUGAGUUUGCAAGCAACGGAAUGGAUGACAUCCACCAGCUGGAAGACCCUUCAGUGUUCCCAGCUGUGAUCGUGGAGCAGGUCCCCUACCCCGAAUUACUGCAUCUGUACUCAGGCCUGGAGCUGGACGACGUUCACAAUGGCAUCAUAACAGACGGGACCUUGUGCAUGACUCAGGAUCAGAUCCUGGAGGGUAGUUUUUUGCUAGCAGAUGACAAUGAAGCAACCUCGCAAACCAUGUCAACCACUGAAGUCUUGCUGAACGUCGAGUCUCCCAAUGACAUCCUGGAUGAGAAGCAGAUCUUCAGCACCUCCGAAAUGCUUCCAGACCCGGACCCUGCUCCAGCCGUCACUCUGCCCAGCUACCUGUUUCCUGUCUCUGAGCCCGACGCCCUGAACAGGGCUGGUGACACUGGUGGCCAGGAGGAGUGCUGUCUGGAGGAGAAGGUCCCCAGAGAAGAAAGUACCAAGAAGACUGGAAAAUCGAAGAAGAGACUCCGGAAGACCAAGGGCAACCGCAGUACCUCACCCGUCACUGACCCCAGCAUCCCCAUUCGGAAGAAAUCGAAGGAUGGCAAAGGCAGCACCAUCUACCUGUGGGAGUUCCUCCUCGCACUUCUGCAAGACCGGAACACCUGCCCCAAGUACAUCAAGUGGACCCAGCGAGAGAAAGGUAUCUUCAAGCUGGUGGAUUCCAAAGCGGUGUCCAAGCUGUGGGGGAAGCAGAAGAACAAGCCUGACAUGAACUAUGAGACGAUGGGACGGGCACUAAGAUAUUACUACCAAAGAGGCAUCCUUGCCAAAGUGGAAGGGCAGAGGCUGGUGUACCAGUUUAAGGAGAUGCCCAAGGACCUGGUGGUGAUUGAAGAUGAGGACGAGAGAAGUGAAGUCCCAGCCACAUCCCCUCAGGCCUCCACUCCCUCCACCUCGUCCAGCAGCACCACCCGGCGAGCCAGCUCCAGGGUAUCAUCCAGAGCUGCCCCGCAUGGCAAGGGCGCCACUUCCUGGGAAAAGCCAAAGGUUCAGCACGUUGGUCUACAGCCAUCUGCGAGUCUGGAAUCGGGACUGUCUCUAGACGAGGAGAUCCCCACUACCUCCACGGUGCUUGUCUCUCCACCAGAGAGCCAGGCCAAACGCACCAAAGCUGUGAGUACUUCUUCAGUGCCCAGCAACAUCCACCUAGGAGUGGCCCCUGUCGGGUCAGGCUCGGCCUUGACCCUGCAGACCAUCCCGCUGACCACAGUGCUGACCAACGGGCCUCCUGCCAGUACUACUGCUUCAACCCAGCUCGUUCUCCAGAGUGUUCCGCCUGCUUCGACCUUCAAGGACACCUUCACUUUGCAGGCCUCCUUCCCCCUGAACACCAGUUUCCAAGAGAACCAGGUGGCAGCACCAGGGGCUCCGCUGAUUCUCAGUAGCCUCCCCCAAAUUCUGGCUGGGGGCAACUGUCCGACCAAUCCAGCACCACCCUCGGUCACAGGGGCUGGCCCAGCAGGGCCCAGCUCUCAGCCCCCCGGGACUGUGAUUGCGGCCUUCAUCAGGACUUCCGGUGCCACAGCAGCCCCUGGGGUCAAGGAGGGGCCUCUGAGGCCCUCCUCCUAUGUACAGGGCAUGAUGACUGGGGCCCCCAUGGAGGGGCUGCUGGUUCCUGAAGAGACCCUGAGGGAGCUCCUGAGGGAUCAGGCUCACCUUCAGCCACUUCCAACCCAGAGUACUUACUAUCCCGUACGUGAAUAUCUCUGUAUGUAUUUGUGUGUACUCGUGGGUCUGUAUCUCCAUUUCUUUGGUGAGGACGGGGGUGUAGCUGUGAGGUCUUCAAGGGUGUGUGUCUCUCUGUGGGUCAGCCACAGAGAUGGGGAGUUUUCUGUUUUAAGGGAAAGCCUUCUCCGGUUCCCUUUGUACAAACCAAGAUUCGGUUGUUCUGAGCCUAUGGGGUACAGGUUGGAGCCGCCACAUCUGGAGAGAUGUCACAGAGCUGGAGCAGGUCCAGGGGAAGAGACCUUCGAUGAGCAUGUGUGUUGGGGAAGACGCUUUCUUCCUGGGGUCAGCCUCUUUGCCCACCAGUCAUUAGCCAGCAGGCUGGAAACAUCAGCUCCCCAGAGUGCUUCGCUGAAGCGCCCCUCCAGGGGCAGACCCAGCCACAACGUCCCCGGGGGGGAGGGGAGCUAAAUUAGCUGGAUGUUUGCGCCAAGGGCUCGGGCUGUAAUACCAGCCUUCACGGGCGCCCUGCCCUGCACCCCGAAUCCUGGCUUCCCUCUUGAUUAAUUUUGCCCCUGCCGCUUCCCUGCUGGCAGGCGGGGCCGGGGACAGUCGGAUAAUCCAGUAGCGGUGUGCUUCGGGCCCACCUCUGUCCCCGCUCGUGCCUACUUGCUGCUCAGCCUACUUUCUACUCCCCUCACAGGUCGGUCCACCCAGCCACUUCCGCGACCGCUGCAGCAGACCACCUCCAGUGGGCCGCGGCCCCUGACCUCCAGCUUUCUCACCUCACCCUGAUUCCUCCUCCACGAAGACGGGAGCCAGCAGCUGUGAGCUCCCUGUUCCUCCUGUCUCUCCAUGUGCCUUCCUUCCAUCUUUCCUCUUUCUGAGAAGGGGUCAGCCAAUUUUCUCUUGAAGUCAACCCCUCGGCCUGGGGCCUCCAUCCUGUCCCCUGUCUCUUCUGUGAAUUCGCUUUCCUCUCUCCGCCACGUUUCAGAGCCAGCCUAAGAGCUCUAAUAUGUCAGCCUUGGAAACAGUGAUAUUAUCUGGUGAAUUUGGUUAAUGUGAAUCAGUGCCUCAGGACCUUUGCUAUGUCCCUGGCACAAAACCAGCCACGUGACCUAACUACCUCCCCUGGUUGCCCUUCUCUCUCCUUCUGGUCACUGCCAAGCCCAUUAUUGUCCUCUUGUUCUCCCUCUUCUCCCCCCAGGAGGGAAGCAUACAUGGUUGUGCAGGUGUAUUUCUCACACGUCUCCAGCGCUUGGCGUUAACGUGAUUUUUUUCUAAUAAAAUCAGUUUAUUAUGACCAUUUCCUGGUGGCGGAAAGUAAAGCAUCUUGAAGGGGGUCACCUUUAAAAGUAAUUUUGGCACAAAGGUGCCACGUGGGUUGAGACUGGCCCUGCCCCCCUCACCCCAACCCCAUAGAACUCAUCAUACGAAGGUCUUCUUCACACUUCUUGGCCCCUGUGAGCCCUCACGGCACAUGACACUACUUCCCAUCCCCUUGGGCACUAGCUGGGCUCAUCCGAGUCCUCCGUCACCCUCUCUCUCUGUGCCCGUCGGGCUCCACAUCCACCACUUUACAUGUGGGUGCCCCCAAGGGCCUCAUCCACCCUCCUGGCUCCAGGAGGGCUCUUUGGGUUGGGUCUGGAAUCUAGAGCUCCAGCCCUCACUCUUCUCCUCAGCUUGUGGCUCACAUUCCUAGCGGUCUGCUGGACAGUUCUACCCGGGUGCCUGUCAGUCCCUCAAAGAGUGCCCCUCUAUCAAAAAUGGCUAUUUGAAAGUCCUCCACACACACAAAACCUUUCGAAACAAAAAGGCCAUCAUGACUUGCCUGUUUCUCUUAAUGCUGCCACCAUCUUCCUGACCUUCUAAGCUUGACAUUUGAGAGCCAGCUGAUGGCUGUGUUCACUUGACCCUGUCCCCGCCCCAUUUCCUGAACUCCAGCGCAGUUUGCCAUUGUCUCUCAAAUCUGGCCGUUCUUCCACAUUCCCAGCCUAGCUCAAACUCACUCAGAGCUUAACCCCGUCCCCAGACAUAUUGGCAGCCCCCCAGGGUGAUCCGACUCAGCCCCUCCAAUCUGCCAGGGCACCACCUCUGUUCUUCCUCUGCCAGGAUGCCUCCAGGUCGGGGUGACACUCAAAAUACUUAACCUCCGGGUUUCCCUGGUGGCGCAGUGGUUGAGAGUCCGCCUGCCGAUGCAGGGGAUCCCAGUCCGGGAGGAUCCCACACGCCGCGGAGCGGCUGGGCCCGUGAGCCAUGGCCGCUGAGCCUGCGCGUCCGGAGCCUGUGCCACAACGGGAGAGGCCGCAACAGUGAGAGGCCCGCGUACGGCCAAAAAAAAAAAAAAAUUAACCUCCAAUCUGUUCUGAGCAGCUGGGCAUUAACCCUUUAUUUUCUGAAUCGUGAGGCAGUCCAGGGGUCCUGGAGGAGGUGUGGGGGAGCACUUGAGGGCUCAGGUCAGCCGUUCCAGAAGUAUUUUGCGCUUAGCAUCAGCUCUGUCUUCAGACAAGUUCCCAAGUCUUCGACCUUCUGGCAAGGCCCUUCACCAUCAGGGCCUGACUUCCCCAGUCGGCUCAGCAUUGCUUCCCUGACCUGUGUACUGCUCCAGUCAAAGGGGUGGAUUGGCUGGCCUUUGAAUGUGCCUCUGUUGGAGUUUCCCACCUCUGUGCUUUUGCUUUACUUGCUUCUGCUCAACCGGAAUGGUCUUCCCACCCCGCUAGUACCAAUUAAGUUGUAUCCAUCCUUCAAGUCUUGGUUCAUGGAAGCUGCCUCCCCAGACCAGUUUUGGCAGUUUUGGCAACCGAUUGUGAGCAGCCUGUGACAUCUCUAUAAUAAUCACAAACUGUUACUUACAUCCUCAAUGACCUGAACCUAUUUAGUCUCCCCAAUUACCUUCUGAGGGGCAGGGGACUGUAUCACCCAAAGAGCAGGGCACACUACGAAGAAACUAGUGAGCAUCAGCGGACGGUUACUGAUUGAGCUGGUGAGAGAUGGGGGACCAAAGUUUGAGGUAGGUGACCUCCAACCUCCCCUCUGCACAGGCACUCACCCCAGGUGCUCCACUGCCCAGGGCCUGCCCUCCCUGGCUCAGUGCCCUCAUGGUACCCCCACCCCACCCCCCAGCCUUAGCAUCCAAGAGUUGUUACUACUUUGAACAUCCCCUGCCCCUAAAGAAACUUCCCUGUCCAGUUUCUUUCCUACUCGAAGUGUUAAAUUAGCUAAUCUGAUAAACUAACCUGUGCUGAUAUAGUUAUGGGAGAGGGCUAGAGGAGAGCCUCAGGAGACAGGUUCAUUUCAACCAGGGUCACGUGGCAACAACAUCCCUGCCUUUGCAAUGGUUAAUAGAGUCAAGAGACUUGCUCCUCACCCCCAGCAGCUGAUGCAUUACUCCCUCCUCUGAGCUCCCACAGCACUUUGUAUAUACCUCUUAUUGUAGCACUUAGCACAUGGUAGCUCCUUAGCUAUGUGUUUAUGUAUGUUUCCCCUCCGAUAGACUGUGAGCUCCUCAAGGACAGGGACUGUGUGUUAGUCACUGAUGUAUCCCCAGCGCCUAGCACAGUGCCUGGCACACAGUAGGUGCUCAAUAAAUGUUUAUUGAAAGAAUGAA